GCACUGCUCUCUUAUGUUUCUCAGAGCUCACAUGUGACUGUGUCAUUAAUACCUUUAUGUGCCAGUGAGACAAAUAAUUAAUGUUCCUGGUUUACACAGCAAACACUCAGCUUCCCACUCAUCCCUGCCUUUUUUGAAGCACGGGAGUUUGUUCUGCAUCUCUGCCGUGAAUUUACACUUUCGUUUGGGCAUCUUGACAAGAACAAGUAAUAGUUGUAAUGACAAGGUCACAAGGCCGCAAACAGUAAUCCAGACUGCCCCCUAUCAGAACUGGUUAAAGACUGGGGCGCAACGUGAGGCCGGCGUUGGGAAGGCUGCGAGCACCGACUUCAUAAUGGACCCAUAUACGUCAGAGUCUUGAUCGAAACCAAACCAAAUCAGCUGCCACUCGGUGAACCUCUCUCUUCAUUUCAACCCAAGGAAAUUCAAUAAAUGUGAUUUUUUAACAGGUACUGAUGGAAGGUGAAAUUCCGGAUAUUUGAGUGAUUUUCAAAAAUCUCCCCAGACGCAGAUUCCGUUAUCUGAAUUCCGGAGGUUACAUUUCAUUUAAAUAUUCGCUCGUGUAUAUUAUGAAUGACAAGUGUGGCUGCAUAUGGCCAGUCUUGACUUCGGCAUCCAUAUAUGACACUUUUUUUUUCUUUUAAGUUAUCAUUUCCCAUAACAGUGUAUGAGUUUUUUAAUUCAAUUGCAUCUUUACUUAUGAAAUUCUUGCUAUGAUGUGUGCAUCUUUGGUGCUCUCCUUAUUGCUCCUAGCUUCCCACUUAUUACACGGUCAAAUGAGAACAGCUGUCUAUAUAGAAUUGAAAAUAAAAAAGAUAGUAUUGUAAAGUGUUUUGAUAGUAAGAAUUGACUGUGCCAUUAGAUACACCAAAGCAAUAAAAUUAGAUUUAUCUAAAAGAAAAAAAAAAAAAAAAAAAAAACGCGGAAUUGGUUUGUUUACAUCGUCAUUCGUCAUUGAGGAAAGCACGGCUGCCACGCUAUAACAGCGUGACAGCCUGCCUCAGCCCUUAAUUGCUUAAUCUCUUUAUUCCUUCAAACUCAAGCAACAUUCCAAUAAAAGCAAGAUAGUCGGAGGAGCUCCUCUUGGUGAUGUGUGUCAAUGCCGCGGCUGUCGAGCCAGUGGCUGCUCUCCACUGUGGGAUCACUUAAAGUGACAGCGUGACACUUGUCAUUCGGUUCGGUUGGCUGUAAGCAGCCGGGAGGUAAAAAAAAAAAAGAGUGGGAUGGGCUCCGUGGCUCGCCGCAGCUUGCUGGACUUAGAGAAAACUCGCCGAACACCGCAAAUUUGAAGGCUUGUGUUGAUGUUAUUACUAAUUUCCGAUAGGGUAAAAUGGGGUUAGAAAUGCUCGUAGAAGUGUGAUGUAGACCGUGAUAAUGUGUAUUGUUACAUGUGGUGUAUUGGCUGAAACUGUAAUAAUACCCCCCAAAAAAAAAAAAAGAUCCGUGUAAACUUGCCUAUAGUGAUUCGUGAUACAAAUAACGGCAAGGAGGAUGACACCAUCCUGCCUGUCAAAAUGACCUCUCCGCCAAGGCAACUGUGGUUCCUCACGGCCCGUCAUGUACAGUAGUGACAACGACAGGAAGACAAUGUGAAAUAAUUCUACCUUCGGGCCGUGUGACCCCGAGUGUUCGUAAGUGUGAGGUGGCGCCGUGCCCCAAGUCAACAGUCAGCAAUCACCAGUCAGCCGCCGCCAAUGAGUAGGGAGUGAAUGGUCAGCCCCUCAUGCUAAAGACCUGCUGAGAGAGUUCUUAGGCAUCGGUGAUUUCUUUGAAGGUGUUGUAAGGUUUGGGGUCGGGACAUUCCUCGUCGGCUUUGUGCAAAUGUUGAUGGGCUACAUCUUUGUCACCUCCAUGAACUAUGCUGCAGAGGGACAGGUAUUCAGACUACGUGGGAUGUUCCUACGGAGCAUCUUGUGUCAAGAGAUUGCUUGGUUUGACACCCAUCAGACAAAUGACUUUGCCAGCCGUGUCACAGAAGAUUUGAACAAGCUGCAAGAAGGCAUUGGAGAAAAAGUGGGAAUGUUCAUAUUUUUUAUGACAACUUUUCUUGCAUCAUUAAUCAAUGCAUUUGUCCAUGGAUGGGAGCUCACCCUUAUCAUCCUGUCAGUGUUUCCUCUUCUGGGAAUCUCCACUGGACUUAUUGCAAAGGUUACAACAAACUUGACUUCUGCAGAAUUGCAAAAGUAUGGAAAAGCAGGAAGUAUUGCAGAGGAGGUUCUCUCUUCCAUUAGGACAGUAAUUGCCUUUGGUGGAGAAGCAAAGGAAAUCAAGAGAUAUGAGGACAACUUGGUGUAUGCCAGGAAUGCCGGGGUUAAAAGAGGCUUGAUGACGGGCGUGGGUGUGGGUGUCAUGUGGUUGUUCAUCUAUGCUGCCUAUGCUCUGGCUUUCUGGUAUGGCACAGGUCUUAUUUUGGACUCCCGUGCAGGAAACGGGGAUUAUGACCCAUCAAAACUCAUCAUUGUAUUCUUCAGUGUGCUGAUGGGGGCCAUGAAUGUGGGCCAGUCAGCACCAUACUGGGAAGCAUUUACAGUAGCACGAGGAGCAGCAGCCACCAUAUUCAGUAUUGUGGAGAGGAAGUCUGCUAUUGAUCCAUCCAGCAAAGAAGGAAAGCGGCCUCACUUUGUCACAGGAACAAUUGAGCUGAGAGAUGUGCACUUUAGCUACCCAUCACGGCCAGAUGUUAAGAUUCUGCAGGGAGUUAGCCUGAAGGUUGAGCCUGGUCAGACUGUUGCCCUAGUUGGAUCCUCAGGCUGUGGCAAGUCUACAUGCAUCCAGCUCAUACAACGCUUCUAUGACUCACCAUCAGGAGAUGUAAUGCUUGAUGGACAGCUCAUCCAAGAUUUGAAUAUUGGAUGGCUGAGGGACCAGAUUGGUGUGGUGGGACAGGAGCCAGUCCUUUUUGGCACCACUAUUGCUGAAAACAUACGUUAUGGAAGGGAUGGAGUCUCCAUGGCAGAAAUAGAGGCAGCGGCUAAAGAAGCCAAUGCACAUGACUUUAUAAUGAAGCUGCCUAAGAAAUAUGAGACUCAAGUAGGGGAUCGAGGAGUGCAGAUGUCAGGUGGGCAGAAGCAGCGUGUUGCCAUUGCCCGGGCGUUAGUCAAACAGCCACGCAUCCUCCUGCUGGAUGAAGCCACCUCUGCCCUGGACAACCAGAGUGAAGCAAUAGUUCAGCAGGCACUUGAUAAGGUUCGUCGUGGUCGCACCACAGUUAUUGUUGCCCAUCGCCUCUCAACCAUUAGAAGUGCUGACAAAAUUGUUGCACUCAAUAAAGGGUCAGUGGCUGAAGUAGGAACCCACAAGGAACUCAUGAAGCUCAAGUCAUUUUACUACAACUUGGUCACCGCACAAAUCCCUCCAAAUGAACGAAAGUCUUCCAAGGCUGGCAAGGAAGAUACAGAGUCUGACAGCAGUGAUGAGGAGAAUGAAGUCGUUAGUGUGGCUGAGUUGAGUCAAGACAUCAUGGACGAUCUGGUCAGUAAGUCUCCUGUGGCUCUUGCCCGAACCUCCUCUACCAGGCAGUCUCUCCGCCGCCGCCGCACAUCCACCAAGGCCAGCAGGCACUCCAUGGGGACAGAGAAGGAAAAGGAUAAUCUUCCCACUGUGCCAUUGUCUAGAAUCAUGAAGAUGAAUUCAACUGAGUGGCCAUACAUGCUGGCCGGGGCACUGGGCUCAGCCAUCCAGGGCACUAUUGUUCCCCUUUAUGCCAUCAUGUUUGGAGAAGUUCUUGGGUCCCUGUCAACAGCAGAUGAAGUAGAAGCCAGAAAACAAGGAGAUUAUUAUGCUGUGCUGUUUCUCAUUAUUGGCCUUAUUGCAGCUGUGUCAAUGUUUAUCCAGGCAUACAUGUUUACCCUUUCUGGAGAGACACUAACAUCACGGCUGCGUAAACUUACGUUUGCUGCCAUGUUAAGGCAGGAGGUGGGGUGGUUUGAUGAUGACAAGAAUUCUGUUGGUGCCUUGUGUUCCCGUCUCUCAGGGGAUGCUGCCUCGGUCCAGGGGGCCACAGGAUCAAGAAUUGGUACAAUAAUACAGGCCCUCACCACUCUCGGUGUCAGCAUCUGCCUGGCUCUCUAUUAUGACUGGAGGCUUGGGCUUAUCUCUUUCCCCUUCAUACCUUUUGUUCUCAUUGCUGUGUACCUUCAAAGCAAGAUUCUGAUGGGCCAGAGUGUCACAGAGUCUGAGUCCUUACAAGAUGCAGGAAAGCUUGCCAUAGAGUGUAUCACAAACAUCCGCACAGUGGCCAGCCUUCAUAAAGAGCAGUACUUUGCUGAUGCAUAUUCUGCUGCUUUGCUCAAACCUCACCUACAAGCCUUGAAGAAAUCACACCUUAGAGGUGUUGCUUUUGGAUUUGCUCAAGCUGUCCCAUUCUUUGCUUAUGCCACAACCAUGCUGUAUGGAGGUCACCUUGUUGAUGUUGGUCAAAUAUCAUAUGAAGAUGUGUUUAAGGUAGCUGAAGCUCUCAUCCUGGGGACCAUGAUGGUUGGACAAGCUGUGGCAUUUGCUCCCAAUUAUAGCAAAGCUCGUGUAGCAGCCUCACAGAUCUUUCAUCUCCUGGACCGCAACCCACAAAUUGAUUCCUCUGCUGGUAUUGGCCUCCGUUUGAGUGGAGACGUCAGCACCAUAGAGCUUCAGGGUGUCCACUUUGUGUAUCCAACUCGGCCAGACACCACCAUACUGCAGGGUCUAGGAGUGCGGGUGGACCGAGGCAAAACCCUUGCAUUAGUGGGCUCCUCUGGUUGUGGCAAGUCUACCAUUAUCAGUCUCCUUGAGAGAUUCUAUAAUGCCCAAAAAGGGACAGUGAGCAUUAAUGGUCAAGACAUUGAGGCACUCAAUGUGGGAUGGGUACGGCAGCAGCUGGGGUUGGUGUCUCAGGAACCAGUACUGUUUGAUCGUACCAUUGAAGAAAACAUUGCCUAUGGAGACAACACCAGGAGGGUAGAACACCAUGAAGUAGUGGCAGCAGCCAAGAAGGCAAACAUUCAUGCUUUCAUAGAAUCUCUUCCUGAUAAAUACAACACCAGAGUUGGUGGAAAAGGUAGCCAGUUGUCAGGUGGACAGAAGCAACGUGUGGCCAUAGCCCGGGCACUGGUGAGGAACCCGAGUGUGCUGCUUCUAGAUGAAGCCACCUCUGCCCUAGAUACUGAGAGUGAAAAGGUGGUGCAGGAGGCCCUGGAGCAAGCGCAGGCAGGGCGUACCAGUAUUGUCAUUGCCCACCGGCUGUCCACCAUCCAGGGAGCAGACACUAUUGCCGUGAUACAGUCUGGCCAGGUGGUGGAAGUUGGCACUCAUUCCGAACUCAUGGAAAAGAAGGGCCACUAUUAUUCCCUUUACCAAACCAAUCACUGACCACUUAGUGGUCGGCUUUGUUGUCAUAGAUCUCUAUUCUUUUGUAAUCACUUACUACAAAGUAGCUGCUUAAAUAUUUUAAUUAUUGUAGAUGGUGGAGCAUUUAUUCUUACUCUUCAGGAGUGUGUGUGUGUGUAUUUACCUAGUUGUAGUUUUACAGGGCCUGGGCUUUAUGCUCGUGUGGUCCCGUCUCCAUAUCUACACUUGUCCAAUUUUUCUUUAAAACUAUGUACACUCUUU